UGACCAAUAGGUGGCGGUGUGUUUUAUUUAUAUCAUGGCCGAACACGACAACAAAUUUUGAAAACAGUUGUAAAGUUUUUAUUCUGAUGACAAGAAACCGUAAUUAUAUGAAAACUCGUUUGGUUUAAAAAGCAUUUCAAAAUUGUGGACUACAGUAUAAUUAAAGAUGGGACCAAAACCAGCAGAACUUUCUAGUGAAGAUAGACGUAUUGUAAGCCAGGCGAAUACAUUACUAGAGCAACUGAAUGCAGGCAGUCCUAUUGGUUGUGUUGAAGAUAUCAAUUCUCAAGUUUAUGUCACCUUAUUUGAAGGAUUGUGUGGAGAAAAGCUAAAUGGUAUUAUAAGGACUUCUGUUACUACUGAGGAUGAAAUUCACAAUGUCCAGACAGUUAUCGACACCUUGGCUGCAGAUGUCUUGCAUACGUCGCUAUUGCAUAUAAAUGGAAGAGAUGUCGUCAACUCAAAUAGAGAAUCUGUCAUUAAUCUCUUAGAAAUUUUAUCUGGACUACUUGAAUAUAUUUUUAACAAAAUUGAAAGUGAUUUAUCUACAGAUAAUGAAGAAGGUGAAGGUUUAGAUGAUGAUCCUGAUGCUUUGCAGAGAGAUAUGAUAGACAAAAUUCUAGAGAAAGAAUUAAAUCGUACAUCAGACACAAUCACCAGUAGUCCUGAGAGGAGAGAAAUUAAAAAGUCUUCUGUUUACUGGGAUGAAGAGCCUGAUGUGAGAAGAAGAACUGCAAAGUCAGGGAGUGAAACUGAUGAUUUAAUAGCAUUAGGACAUGACAGCUCUACAGGACUGAUAGAUACUAUUACAAGUAUAUCUAGAGGGAAUGAUUCAACAAAUGAACUGAUAAGGGAGGGUGAGAAUAUUGAGAGAAGAAUGGCAACAAGAGUCACAUCAGUGGAAGAAGAUAUAGCUCGACAUAGAAGAGAAUUAGGACUGAACAAAAGAGAGGAACAUCUACCUGAACCUGCUGUUAAUAGAUAUUAUCAGACAACAGUUCCACAAACAGCUUCUGAAGAUAAGGAUGAUUUGUACAGACGAAGAUCUAGAGUUGAUACUUAUAAAACUUUAGACUCUAUGGUAGAAGAAACUGCUGCCUUAGCUAGAGCUGCAGUUGAUGCUAGUCCGUCUAGAGCUAGGUCUAUAUUACAAAGCUUAGAUAAUGAUUAUAAUCAGGCUAAACAAUUGGCUCAGAGAGCCAGAUUAGCCUCACCAGAAAUAGAACCAGUAUCCACAAGAAGAAAUCCUUUGUUGUCAGAUGUACCGAAGGGAAUAAGUCCAACAAAAAAGCCAAGAAGUCCUGUACGGAUGACUGAACAAGAAAUUGUUUCAGAUCCUGAUUCACCCGACAGAGGAAAAAGGAAAGUGUCAUUUAUGGUAGACAGAUCAGACUCUAGUCCUAGUUUCACAGCCCCAACUUGGAGAUCAGGACGUCCUAUCAAAUCAGCCUGGGAUGACUCCUCAUCAUAUAUAGAACAUUCAAAGACAGCAUACAAACCACCAAAGACACGUAAAGAUUAUGGAAGUUACCUGGAGUAUGGGAGUGAUAGGGAAAAUGUGUCAUAUGAUGAUCGUUUAAAGAAAAAGUUUCAUGAAAUAAUUGAUGAUGUGCUGAGUGAGGAUGAAAGGCUACCUCCAAGAUACAAGUCUAGGUCAGAUCAACAUAGGGUUAGGUCAGAGAAAAUUGUUGGCAAAUCUAAAGGAACCUAUAAUGUAGUUGAUGCCCAGAAAUUACUAAAGAAAGAAAGAGAAACAAGUAAAAAGAAAAUGGAUUUUUUACAGAAAAUUUACAAAGAAGAUUUAGAUGAAAUGGCUUUAGAAGCAGAUGAAGGAUUAGAUAUGGAUAGGAAAGCUGCAAAACAAACAGAAAACGAAUUUAAGAAAAAAGUUUUAGUAGCACCUCAAAAGAAGAUAGCACCGAAGACCAAAUCUACAGGAGUAAGUAAGAAACCUGCAGCAAGUAAACACAUGGUCAGCUCUAAAGCUAAGAAGAAAACAUCACCUGGUUUGAUACCACCUGGCAAAACACAAAUGCAAAUUAAAGACGAUGAAGAUAUAUUACCUUUGUUGAUAAAAGAAUUUCCCCAUCUACACUUAUCAAUGCAUACCUGGCAUGAAUUGUGGAGAAAAGGUAUAAAUCAGAUAGAACAGGUUACCAGAGCAAACCAGGAAAUGAGAAGGAAGAAGAGUAAAGCAAAAACAGAUUUAGAGGAAGCUCAAAGAAGACAAGAAAUAAUGGUUAAUAUUAUGAAGAAAGAAAUUGAACAUAGCCAAAGAAUGAAAGAAAUCCAAGAGAGACAGAAACAAACAGUAGCUACCAGGAAUGGUUUCCAUGAACAAAGAAUGCAGUCAGCUAGAUCUAGGAAGUAUUAUGAUGAUUAUCAAGUCAGAAUGAGGUCUAAAAUGAUGAAGAGAAGAACAAGGGAGGAAAUGAUUUUCAGAAAGUUAUUCAAAGAUGGAUUGGAAAUACAAAAAGACAGAAUUAAAGAUUUGAGGAGGUAUGCUAAGGAACAGAGAGACAAACAAGCAACAAAACAAAGAAAUGAAGUGGAAUCAUUGGAAAAUUACUACCGUGACCAGUUUGAUAUGUUAGCAGAAAAUAUAACAAGUGAAAGGAAGGAUAUAAUGGUUAGAGAUAAAGCUCAACAAAAGGUACUUGAAGGGAUGAAGAAAGAAUUAAGGAAGAAAAUGGAGAAAGAAAUAAAAGAUUUACAAAGUCAGUUAGUUAGAGACGAUGAUGACGCUUAUUUUAGACAGUUAGAUGCUGAUCGUGUCAUACAUAAUCUCCAAAUGGCCAAAUAUCAUGUGACUAAUGUAUAGCCUGUCAUGGGACAAUUUUUUUACCUGCCAUGUGAUUUAUUUCAUAGCUAUCUGUGAUAUGUCAGUUAAAUAGAUAAAAGCUUAAACUAUCAACUCAAAAUUAAGUAUGAAAUUUAUUUGUUACUUUGCAGUACAAUUUUUUUCUGUAUUAAAUAAUUGCUUCUUAUUGAUUAUAAACUUUUAGAUGCAAAAUUUUUAAGCUUUUAGAAUGACACAUCUUCAUCUGUCUUUUAAUCUAAGAGAUGUUGUCUAAUGCAAACAUGAUGCAUCUACUUAGCUUGAUUGAGUAGGCAAUCUGUAAGCAUGGGUUUUUAUCAAGAAUAUGUUAAAAUGAAAUUGUACAAACAUGCAGAAAACUUCUAAUUUUAACGGGUACAUGUUUGUUCAAAUCUAGUAUGGUUUGUUCAGAAUUUAAUAGAAUAAAUAUUUACAAAAUUAAGGGCAUGUUGAAAUAAGCCAUAGUUUAUGAUCUAUAUUAGAUUUAAAACAAGCCCUUUCCAUAUAUACCAGCUACUCAAUGAAUAAGAUGUAUUACUAUAUUAUCCACAGUAAUUUUUACUGGCAGUUUUGGGUUAACUUACACUGUAGGCUGUAGGCAGUUGUCUCACUGACUCACAGUAGAACUGUCCUAGUCUUCAUUGUAAAUAUAUUGUAAUUGCUACCUAUCAUACAAGCUUUAUUGUCUAAAUCUUAAAUUUAUUAUUUGGUACUCCCUUCAAAGUUGGGAAAUAUUGAUUUACCCAUGUUCAUAUGUCCGGUUAGGUCCUAGGUGGCGAGUGGUCUGAGUAGUUACUACUGUAAUCACUAGCCAUGGCCAGUCAAAACUGAGGUUGUAAGUUUGAACAUUCUCGUACGGAUGCAAUCAACUCCAAUCUCGAUUGAUUAGGAUUGUCAGUUUUCCUAUCGAAGGUCAUGGUUUUCUCCAGUCACUUGAGAUUCCCCUACCAAUAAAACCUGGCCGUCAUGAAAUAGCCCAAAAGUGUUAAAAGCAUGGAAAGAAAAGUCUAGAAGCUUAUCUCUUGUCAUUCCCUAAAGAGAUAAAAAUGCAUUUAUAAUAAUGACUUUUAUGUGUGCUUGAUAUGAAUUUGGAAGUAAACCAAUAAGACUACAUUUACUAAGAUCAAUUUUUGAUUAAAUAAUGCAUUUGUCAUGUUCAUUUUUGUUUUUAUUAACAUUGACAUGUUUUAUAUUUAGUUAUUAAACUUUGCAAAACUUUAGUUAAAUGUAAAUUGAAAGACAAGAAAAGAAAAGAACAUGAUAAAUAUUCCUACAUAAUAGACAAAUUCAUAUCUAUAUUGUGUGGGAAAAAUAUUAUCAUUACUUCAUGCAUAUUAAUGUUUUCCAUUAAAAUGAUCACUAGUUGAUUUAUUGUCAGUGUUUAGUUCUGUGUAAUUUAUAGUGUGUGUUAUGAUUUUCU